UGUUAAUAACAUGCUGCUGCAUUUUGGACGCCAAAAUCAUAUGUUUUCUUGAAAUGCAAAUAACCAAAACAAAUUAAAAGAAAAGAAACAGUUUUGUCGUUUUUAAGAUAUUUAGGUGUCUUACAAGUUCUUUGGGAAAGCGACGUCCGAACAAUUCUUGAAAAAGAAGAAUAAGUACAUUAAACAUGUCCCUAAUACGUCACGGUAUGAAGACCAAAUCAGCAUCCAAUCGUGAAGAGCUACUGGCGAGCAUCAAACGAGAUCGCACUAUAUUAAACGCAUAUUUUCAAGAGCUUGCAACCAGGAACUCUCAGGCGGCCCUGCAGAAGGAGAAAUUAACGAAUAUUGGGACUACAAAAGUGGCUGCAGUUCGACAUCGCGACAGCUACGAUUUGUUUUUUGAAAGUGCUUGCAUCAGCAUCAAGAGCUUGCCACCUAAGCUAGGUGCAGAAGCCAAGAGCCGAAUAUCACAGAUUAUUACUGAAUUUGAGAUUCGAGCUAUUUCUGAACAGGAAGCGCAGCAAGAAAAAGAAAAGGAAAAACAACAGAUCGCGAAAACCGUAAGAGUGUCGAACGAACCAUUGGUAGACCCUUCAUCUGGCAUUGUCUACGAAUUUCAAGCAUAUAGUUAGUCGAAAGAGCUGUCUAU